AUCAACUUGACCAUCAAGACUCUUGAACGUAAACAUUUACCAACACAGAACUUCUGUGCUAUUUGAGUCCAUACAAAGUGCAGCACCAGCAGUGAAGAAACACUUUUCACUUCCUCGCGCAUACAAAAUGGCAGAUAAUUCGCAGUCAAACAACCGCCUGAGCAUGACCUCUGUAAGUGUUUGGUCCCUCCAACUACCUCUCUCCGGAGUGUACCACCCUGGAAAGGAACAGAAGACAAUUCUAACAGUGUAACACUAGACAAACACCGACGACACAUCACUUAAUGCCUCGGCCGAGCUCUCCGUCAAGAUCGAUGAUCUACUGAACCAACUCUCAAACAAGUUCGCCGGCGUUUCAAGUGAGAUAUUCGCAAAGAGUAAGGCCUCCAGGUAGCUAGCUCUAUCACGUCGUGGAAUUCUGCUAAUGGACUAUUCUCGAAAUAGUGGAUGAGAUGUCGCGACGUCUAGAUAACCUCGAGCAAAAUCUUCAAGCAAGUAACGAUCGGCCGGGGAGUAGAGAUGGGAAGAGUAGUCCAACGAAGACGUGAACAUUUCAAGAAGGAUGGCGGGAGGCAGAUACGCGCUUCAACCCCAUAUGUGGAAGGCGUUAACGUUUUUUGGGUCCAUGGGUUGAAAGCUUAGGUAGUUUGCGUUUCACUGGGUUCUACGGGGGUUAAUGGCGUCCUCGAUAAUGAUACCAA